AUGUGGAAGACAAUUGUUGAUGCGUGGAACGGCAAUAAUGAGGAGGAGCAUAAUUAUGGUACUACAAAAGUUUUUGAUUUCGAAGGCAUGAAGAAUCUCAUCAAGAGAAAGGAUCCUUCCAUUGUUCUGGUUGAUGUUAGAGAGCCAGCAGAAUGCGAAGUAGUCAAAAUUCCAGGAUCAAUCAAUGUGCCAUUCAGGUCGCAUCCACAAGGCUUUAGCUUGGGUGACGGUGAGUUUUUGAGCACUUUUGGGAUCCCAAAGCCCACCAAGGACAAAGAACUUGUAUUUUAUUGCGCAUCUGGUAGAAGAGCAGCGAGCGCGGAAAGCGUUGCUGAAAAGAGCGGUUAUACCCAUACUGCCUUAUAUCCUGGCUCCAUCAAUGACUGGGUUGCCAGGGGAGGCGAUAAAGCAUACUUCUAA